AUGCAAUUUCCACUGAUUUUACUGCAUAUUGUGCCAGUGCUGAAUGGUGGUGGUGGCGGCUGGUGAUACACAUAUCAGACUAGACUGUCUGGUGGCCCCUUCUGGCCUUUAGCGCUAUGACUCUAAAUGCCUUUGAAAGCUAGGCCCUCUGUGACCAGUGAGCUGAGGAAGCAGACCAAAGUGGGACAGCCAGCAAAAACCAGGUGCCUCCUGGCACUGAUCUUUGCUGCCCAGCCCCACAACACUGUGGGAAAAAUUUCCAGUUCAAAAACUGAAUCUUAGCUAUUGACCCCGCAGCUAAAUUGCCUAGUCUGUGUUGUACUGGAAGCGAGAUUACUAGUGUACCGAAUUCAGAGUGCUCAGUGUGAUGUGCAGCAGAGUCUAUUGCAUAAGGAACUAGUGUAUCAACAACACUGUUGCAUAUUUUCUCCAUUUGAAAUUUGUCAAGAGGAUGUCAAAUAAGUGAACUGAUUUAUCUUUCAGACUGUCAGCGGGGGCAAGAUUUCAUUCUAGUUUGUCUUUAUUACAGAGUUCCCCUAUCUAUCUGCUGAAUGGCACUUAACUGACUUGCUAGCAAGACAUCUAUACUAAUAACCUUUCACUGCUGUCCACGCAAUAGGACUAUAGUAUUAUGUCUCCAAAUCACUAGAUUAAAUAUGUAGAGGAGAAGGGGGAGGGGUAGUUUUUCAGUAGUCUCUUUCCCAUGCUGUUUUUAUGCACCCUGAUCUACAGAACAGGCAGACUCUGCACAGCUAUUUCAAGCAUUUAAAUCACAUGGGCUCAAGAACAUUUUAAUAUACGGUGUCUAGGAAACAAGCCAAUGGCAUUUCCUUAAAAUACAGCAGCUACUGAGGAGAAGCAACGUCGCAGGAAAGCAACUGGUUCUAACUAAAAAGAUAAAAACUUUAUUUGCCAACAACGAUGUCAGACAGAAGUCCCUUCGAAACGGAUAUGUUAACCCUUACCCGAUACGUUAUGGAAAAGGGGCGACGUGUUAAAGGCGCUACAGGGGAGCUGACACAGCUGCUCAACUCAAUGCUGACUGCCGUGAAGGCCAUCUCCUCUGCAGUCAGAAAGGCAGGCCUCGCCCACAUGUAUGGAAUAGCAGGAACUGUGAACGUGACUGGUGAUGAAGUGAAGAAGCUGGAUGUGCUAUCCAAUUCUCUGGUUAUUAACAUGCUACAGUCCUCCUAUGGCACCUGUGUCCUAGUCUCAGAGGAGAAUAAAGAUGCCAUUAUCACGCCACAAGACAAGAGGGGUAAAUAUGUGGUAUGCUUUGAUCCACUAGAUGGUUCUUCCAAUAUAGAUUGCUUGGCAUCAAUAGGAACGAUAUUUGCUAUCUACAAGAAGACAACAGAACAUAAGCCCUCUGAAAAGGAUGCCUUGCAGCCAGGACAAAAUAUCGUUGCAGCAGGCUAUGCUUUGUAUGGCAGUGCUACGCUAGUGGCUCUUUCUACUGGGCAAGGAGUGGACUGCUUCAUGCUAGAUCCGGCUCUUGGUGAAUUUGUUCUGGUGGAUAAAGAUGUGAAAAUCAAGAAGAAAGGGAAGAUCUACAGUAUCAAUGAGGGUUAUGCUAAGUACUUUGAUCCUGCGAUGACAGAAUAUUUACAAAGGAAGAAAUUCCCUGAGGAUGGCAGUGCCCCCUAUGGCUCUAGAUAUGUGGGCUCAAUGGUGGCUGAUGUUCAUCGCACCCUGAUGUAUGGUGGGAUAUUCAUGUACCCGGCUAACCAGAAGAGUCCUAAGGGAAAGCUCCGGCUCCUUUAUGAGUGCAACCCCAUGGCUUUUAUCAUUGAGCAGGCAGGUGGAAUGGCUACCACAGGGACUGAGCCAGUGCUGGAUGUAAAGCCUGAGUCUAUUCACCAGCGAGUCCCAUUGAUUCUUGGUUCUCCGGAUGAUGUGCAGGAAUACCUCGCUUGUGUGCAGAAACACCAGAAAAGCAGCUAAUGGCAUUCACACACCAGAUGUUCCUCCCGCACCUGUUACAUUACUUUCCAGAAAGAGAAGUAAUCAGAAGACUUUGGUUUCUGGGAUUUUAGUUCCCCCUUUCACUGACAAAUAGAAAUAGUGAAGACUGUUCCUAAAGAUUUUAAUUUCCCUGGAAUACAAGUGCAAAAAUUCUUUAGUCUCAAUUUCUGUAAUAUAAGAGUAAAAGCAAAGUCCUAAUUUUAAGACUAACAGUAGCUACUUGCUUACUAACAGGUUUCAGAGUAGUCUCUAAG